UGCGUCUGGGCCGCUAGCGGGGGCGGUUGGCCCUCGUUUCGCCAGGAGGCGGGAGAGAAGCGGCCCCUCGGUCUUCCCAGCGGGUCCCGGUCUGUGGAGAGCGAUGCCGCUGCCCGACACCUUGUUCUGCGCGCAGCAGAUCCACAUUCCCCCGGAGCUGCCGGACAUCCUGAAGCAGUUCACCAAGGCGGCGAUCCGCACGCAGCCCGCCGACGUGCUGCAGUGGUCCGCGGGGUAUUUUUCAGCUUUGUCAAGAGGAGAUCCACUUCCUGUAAAGGACAGAAUCGAAAUGCCCGUGGCCACUCAGAAAACAGACACUGGCCUGACUCAAGGAUUGCUUAAAGUGCUGCACAAGCAGUGUAGCCACAAGCAAUAUGUGGGAUUAGCCGACCUUGAGCAGAAAUGGAAAAAUUUGUGCCUGCCAAUCGAAAAAUUCAGAGCUGUCUUGCAGUUGGAUCCUUGUGAACACAAAAUAGAGUGGAUAAAGUUUUUAGCCCUUGGAUGUAGCAUGCUUGGUGGGUCCUUGAAUACUGUGAUGAAGCACCUGUGCGAGAUCCUGACCCAAGAUCCGGAGGGGGGUCCUGCGCGAAUCCCCUUUAAGACUUUUUCCUACGUCUACCAGUACCUGUCCAGACUAGACUCGGAUCUUUCCGUUUCCGACACGGAAUCCUACCUCACCUCUCUGAAGGAGAACAUAAACACUAGAAAGAAUGGCAUGAUAGGACUUGCGGAUUUCUUUGUUCUAAAGAGGAAAAUUUAAAAAAACCUCAAACAGAAAACUCAGAAGACAUGCCAUUAACACAGAGAAAAACACAUUUUAAUGUCAGAAGUGCUUUUUAAAACCUUGGCAUCAAUUACAACUUGUCAUUAACCACA